AUGUUUAAAGCCCAAAUAAUUAAUCAUUGUGAGGAAUCGAGAUACACAAAUUCAGGUCAAGUCCCAGUGCCAAGUAAAAGAAAAAGGGGAAAAAACAUUAGUAAGGGAGUGAGACGGGUUCAAAUUGACUUCAAAAUCCGUUGUAAAAGAGUGGAAAAGAGACAAAAUAAUUAUCAUGGUUUAAGCCAGGCGAAUAGAGUCAAGGUCAAGUACUGUGACGGGUCAUCUUUUACUGGUGAUAUUGAAGAAGUUGAUCCAGCAACUAAUCUCCACUACAGAGGAGCAAGAAUUUUCAAGGUGAUAGUGGAGGAAUUAUUAGCUAAAGGAAUGUCUAGUGCUCAAAAUGUUAUCUUGAGUGGAACUUCAGCUGGAGGAUUGGCUGCAAUACUAAAUUGUGACAAAUUCAAAAAUUUCCUCCAAAUGGACACUAGGUUGAAAUGCAUUUCGGAUGCUGGUUUCUUUCUUAAUGUAAAUACAAUUGCUGGUAAACCGGAGAUUAAAGAGCUGUAUGAGAGAGUUGUUGUGUUGCAUGGGUCUACCAAGAACCUUCCAGCAUCUUGCACCUCCACUUUAAAGCCAAGUUUGUGCUUCUUCCCUCAGUAUGUAGCAGGAUAUAUUCAAACACCUCUUUUCAUAAUUAAUUCGGCCUAUGAUUCCUGGCAGGUAAAUAAUAGUUUGGUUCCUGAAGAUGCUGACCCUCAAGGCAUUUGGAAUAAUUGCAAGAAAAAUAUAAAUGAAUGCUCACCUAGUCAACUCAAUAUUCUCCAUGGAAUGUAUUUUCUGUUGAAGUUUUUUAAUGCAAUAACGGAAUUAGGAGGGACUUCAUCUAUAGGGUAUUUCAUAAUAUCCUGCCAUUACCAUAAUAUCAUAGAAAGACAAAGUUAUUGGUUCUACAAUAACUCUCCAACAUUAUCUAACAAGACAAUUGCCACAACUGUUGGGGACUGGUUCUACGAAGAAAGUGUAUUUCAGAACACAGAUUGUCCUUGCCCUUGUGGCCAAAAAUUCUGCCAUAAGGAACAGCUAAUUAAAUUAGGUUGUUGUAUCAUCAUAAAUUAG